GGGCUUUACGAGACCGAUUUGAGCUCUUCCAAAUCGUUUUUUGAAGGGCUGCCUCCAGGAUUACGGCAUUCCAUUUUCCUUCGGUUCCACAGCAUCAUGGUGGAGCAAGAGGGAUUACCAUCGUGUGAGCAUCCUCCAGAAAACUGUUAUUCAGCGAUAGUUAUGACCUCCCGAUUACGUGCGUUUGGUGGAAGAAUUAAUAACAUACGCACCUCAGAAUUACCCAAAGAGAAAACUCGGUCCGAAGUCGUGUGCAGCAUCCGCUUUCUAGAUGGCUUGGUACAGACCUUUAAAGUCAAUAAACAGGACACCGGUCAAGUUCUUCUGGACAUGGCAUAUAACCACUUGUGUGUGACCGAAAAGGAAUAUUUUGGUUUGCAGCAUGGCGAUGGAUCAGUGGACUCUCCCCAGAGGUGGCUGGAAUCAAGCAAGCCCAUCAGGAAGCAGUUAAAAGGAGGUUUCCCCUGUACCCUGCAUUUUCGAGUAAGAUUUUUUAUACCUGAUCCCAACACACUGCAGCAAGAACAAACCAGACUCAAAAUGAGGCCCUGUACAUCUGGGAGGUCCUCAUCCCCCUAUCCCAACCCCUUCGUGAUGAUGUCAUGGGGUUCACUCAGGAGCUUUGCUGAACAUACAACAAGGCAUUUGUAUUUCCUACAACUGAAGAUGGAUAUUUGUGAAGGAAGAUUGACCUGCCCUCUUAACUCAGCGGUGGUUCUAGCAUCCUACGCAGUACAAUCUCAUUUUGGAGACUAUAAUUCUUCCAUUCACCAUCCGGGCUAUCUUUCUGAGAGCCAGUUUAUACCAGAUCAGAACGAUGACUUUGUCACGAAGGUGGAAUCGCUCCACGAGCAGCACAGUGGGCUGAAGCAGUCAGAAGCGGAAUCUUGCUUCAUCAACAUAGCACGGACCCUCGACUUCUAUGGCGUGGAGCUGCACAGUGGUAGGGACCUGCACAAUUUAAAUCUAAUGAUUGGAAUUGCUUCCGCGGGCAUUGCUGUGUACCGAAAAUAUAUUUGCACAAGUUUCUAUCCUUGGGUGAACAUUCUAAAAAUCUCUUUCAAAAGGAAAAAGUUCUUUAUACAUCAGCGGCAAAAGCAGACGGAAUCCAGGGAUCACAUUGUGGCCUUCAACAUGUUAAAUUACCGAUCUUGCAAAACCUUGUGGAAAUCCUGUGUCGAGCACCAUACGUUCUUUCAGGCAAAGAAGCUGCUGCCUCGGGAAAAGAAUGUUCUGUCUCAGUACUGGACGCUGGGCUCCAGGAACCCCAACAAGUCUGUAAAUAACCAGUAUUGCAAAAAGGUGAUUGGAGGGAUGGUCUGGAACCCAGCCAUGCGGAGAUCCUUAUCCGUGGAGCAUUUAGAAACCAAGAGCCUGCCUUCUCGGUCCCCUCCUAUUACUCCCAACUGGCGAAGUCCUCGGCUCCGACAUGAGAUCCGAAAGCCACGGCACUCUUCCGCAGAUAACCUCGCCAACGAAAUGACGUACAUCACCGAAACCGAGGAUGUGUUUUACACCUACAAGGGCUCCCUCUCCCCGAAAGACAGCGAUUCGGAGGUUUCUCAGAACCAGAGCCCACACCAAGAGAGCAUACCCGAGAGCAACCCAGCACAAAGCUGCCCGACCCGGAAGUCCUCCAGUUCUGUGUCUCCGUCUUCAAACGCUCCAGGCUCUUGCUCCCCAGAUGGCGUGGACCAGCAGUUCUUAGAGGACUUCCACAGGGUGACCAAAGGGGGCUCCACCGAGGACUCCAGCCAGUACUACUGCGACAAGAAUGACAAUGGGGAUGGCUACUUAAUCUUGAUCCGUAUCACGCCCGACGAAGAGGGAAAAUUUGGAUUCAAUCUAAAGGGAGGAGUGGAUCAAAAGAUGCCUCUUGUGGUGUCGAGGAUAAACCCAGAGUCGCCUGCGGACACCUGCAUUCCGAAGCUGAACGAAGGGGAUCAAAUCGUGUUAAUCAACGGCCGGGACAUCUCAGAGCACACCCACGACCAGGUGGUGAUGUUCAUCAAAGCCAGCCGGGAGUCCCACACGCGGGAGCUGGCCCUGGUCAUCCGGAGGAAAGCUGUCCACUCCUUUGCGGAUAUCAAAUCUGAAGAUGAACUGAACCAGCUCUUCCCAGAGGCCAUUUUCCCUGAGUGUCCGGAGGGUGCCGACACCUUGGAGGGAUCCAUGGAACAGCUAAAGAAGGGCCUCGAAAGUGGGACGGUGCUGAUCCAGUUCGAGCAACUCUACAGAAAGAAACCUGGGUUGGCCAUCACCUUUGCAAAGCUGCCUCAAAAUUUGGACAAAAACCGAUACAAAGACGUGUUGCCUUAUGACACCACCCGGGUAUUACUGCAGGGAAAUGAAGAUUAUAUUAAUGCGAGUCACGUGAACAUGGAAAUUCCUGCUGCCAACCUUGUGAACAAGUACAUUGCCGCUCAGGGACCCCUGCCACAUACCUGUGCACAGUUUUGGCAAGUCGUCUGGGAUCAGAAGUUAUCACUCAUCGUCAUGUUGACGACUCUCACAGAGCGAGGGCGGACCAAAUGUCACCAGUACUGGCCCGAUCCUCCCGAUGUCGCCGAACACGGCAGCUUCCACAUCCGCUGUCAGUCGGAGGACUGCACCAUUGCUUACGUGUUCCGAGAAAUGCUGGUCACAAACACCGAGGUGAGCGGUGCCCUGACGGUGGGUGGUCCGGGCAGGGCUGGAAUAGGUCGAACCGGUGUCUUGGUCACCAUGGAAACAGCCAUGUGCCUCAUCGAGAGAAACCUGCCUGUUUACCCUCUGGAUAUUGUCCGGAAAAUGCGAGACCAGCGCGCCAUGAUGGUGCAGACAUCAAGCCAGUACAAGUUUGUGUGUGAAGCCAUUCUUCGUGUUUAUGAAGAAGGCUUGGUCCCAAUGCUGGAUCCCAGCUAAGGCAACUGUGAAACGCUCGUUCCUCUUUCCAAGGGCAUCCUCCAUAAGGACAGACCUUCUCUUUGGAAGCAGCAAGAGGAAUCUGUAGGCCGUGGUGUGGGAGAGGAGAGGGCGCGUUGAACCCAAGCACUUUAAAUUUCUAUGAAAAGGAAUCGUGUACAUAGGAACUGUGUAGAUACGCAUGCGGCGGUAGCAUCAUUUAGGCCCGUGGUUCCUCCGGAGAGAAAUGCACAAAAGGGGGUCUCCGUUUGGGGCCUGUCCCACUGCCUUCCUCCCCAGACAUCACCGUGAUCCUGUCAGCCAUCCUUGGGCAUUCGAGAGGGGACGCCAGCAGCGCUGUGACCUCCCAGAAACAAGACGGUGAGGCGAUUUGGAGGCACGUGGCUGCUCUGUGUGUAUAUGUGUGCAGGACUCUGAGAGCCGAGCUUUCUGUGCCUCCAGGCCGAGCUGGAACAGGGAGCGGUCACCGCCAGAUGCUAACGAAACCGAGAUGGAUGUACCCAAGGGCAGGGGGCGGGCUUUCCGGCUGACGGAUGAGCAGUACCUUUCCUGCCUCCCCUUCCUUUGUCCCUGCCUCCCCUUCCUGCGCCUCUGACUUUCUCGGUCCUCAGAAACGUGCCCCAAACGCCCCGCUUUCUGCCUGCCUUCGUGGACCUUCUUCAGGUUCACACGCAGUGCCUGGACCGGAUUAGUCACGUAGGUUCGGGUGAGUUUUCAGUCGAGACUCUGAGAGUGAGGAUGUGGGGUGUUGUCUUGGUGUCUGGGUGUUGGUGGUCGGAGCAGGUGCUGCUUGCCUCUGUCCGCCUCUCGCUGUGCUGUCGGCGCCCAAGACUGGAAUCGUCAACUACUGAAUCUACUACAUGGAUUGCUGCUACUUCAAGCUAUGACACUUGAAGCAUUAUCAUUUUUCCUGAGGGGAGAUGGGAUAUCAUCUAAAUAUUCAGAAUCUUUGGCCCUUCUGAGGAAAGAUCUUCCAGCCAUUGCACCAUGGGAAAGCCAGCUCUAGAUGGCUGUCGGUGGGUGUGGGUCGAUGCGUGUGCACCCAUGGCUGAGUGUUUCUCAGGAUUCCUAACUUCAUUCAAAUGACAGUGGAGUUUAUGUAAAGAAUGAGUCUCUGUAUGGAACAAAUGUGUGCAUUCACCCUCGGUUACAAUGGUCUCCAUUUCAUUUCAAAGGAGAGGAUCAGACUAUCUGAAUAUAAACACGAGUUGAUGUUAAUUUAUUCUAAGUAUGCCAUGAUUCUGAUUGUCCUCAAGAAUUCUGCCUUUGUUAAUCCUGUGUUCAAUUUUUAAAAAGUCUCUUGACAGGAUUGUAGCAAAUUAUUAUUUAAGGAAAAUAAACCACAAAGGAAAUGCAAUGUGGUAUGUUUAAGUCGCGGUUUUUAUGUAUUCAGAAGAGGAAGCUAAGGCAGUUUCUUAAUGGGAUUUAUAGGAAAAGGAUGCUUUUCUAUUAUAGUGCACAGAAGUGAAGCCAUUUUGAUGUCUAAGAAAACUCUAGACCAAUUGAAUAGUUUCCUGGUUGCAAGAGGAAUAAAGACCUUUAUCUCCAGACCUAGUGUAUUUGCUUGCAUACUUCCCAUCUUUUCCUCACCCACCAUUAUUUUACAGCUAAAUGGUAGGGGUGGGAGGGAGGUGUUAUACCGUGCUGUAACCCUGUACUGCGGAACAGGUGACCACCUGAGCCCCAUCCUUGUCAGCAUGGUACCAGGCUAGCAGGAGGAAGCAGGAGAGUAGAGUGAAGCAGUGGGAAAUCAGUUCCUGGUUCCACUCAUCGGUAACUAGCUCCAGGCCUGGUCACUUAGGAGCACUGUCUCUACUUCCUCAUCUACAAAUAGGAGAAAUCAUUCUGAGGACUUUAAGUUUAUGAUGAAUUUUCAUCCACUGGAAUCUGACACUGCUGUGGACAAAUUACAUGGCAAAGUUAACUUAUCAGUGAUUUGCCCCAAAUCCCAUGGAACAGAAGUAGGGUCGUAUGGGUUUCUGUAAGAGAAAGUUGCUUUUCUUCUGGAAAGAACAGAAGUACAAAGGAAUAUCAUACCUUCAUUCAGUCUGGACUCAGAAAAAUUCUGUCCACAAAGCACCAAAAAAGGAGGGGAAGGCAGAAAAGCUGAUGUAAAUUUAAAUGCCAUCAGGAUAUUUAGCAAAUCAUUGUCAUCUGAUAAAAAUGCAUCAUCCUGUCUGCAAAAAGCUUGAGAAGUCUAAAUGUGUUUACAGAUUUGUAUUUUGUUUUUUAAUUGUUCAAUAUGGUUGCAGAAAUGUUAUUAUUAUCACAUAAAUUUCUAAGAAGCUUACCAAAGGUUGCAGCUACCCUUUUUCUGCCCCUGUGCAGGCUAUUAAUUCAGACGCAGCAGAUGUUAUCAGGAACAAAAACCACAAAAUACUGGGGGUGCACAAGAUAAGGGAAUUACCUGAAGGGGCAAAAUAUUGUAAGUAAAUACUGUAGAUACUACUGAUGAAAUUCUGUAACUCAAGAUUUCUGCUCUACCACCUUACACACUUGAGCAAUUAUACUUAAGAAGCCUUUUUUUAGUUGUAAGUGAAGAAAUCAGGAUCAAUAUUUUGCGUGGGAAACGUGGCUGGUGUGAACGAAGAAGACAUUUACAUUCUGCAUUCUGAUGCCCUCCAGAAGGUCUAAUUUAAGUGCAUCUAUGUGCUGACUUCAUCAAGAUGGGAGAUUCCUUCUGGUGUGGCCCAUUAGAGCCAGCACGUAGUGUUUUGACUUUCCAGAAGAAAAAAAAAAAUACUCCAUUUGGAUGGAGGUGGCAUGGGGUGGUGGGAGAAGUAUGAAUCACAAACUUGUACUGGUGUUUAAUUCCUACCACGGUAAUUUAUACCUAAUAUGCUUUUAGAUUAAUGCAGAUGUGCUGCUAUGUUGCUACUUGACAUUUUUUGUUGCUUGGAGGUUAUCAUUCAAGUGCAAGCGGCAGGACUCUUCAUCCUCCAGAGGCAACAAAGAGACUGCAUCAAUGCAGAAAGAUCUCAAGAGGCAGGUCUUGGACCUAGACUAAGGCAAGACGUGCUGCCCUCCGCCUCAGUUUCCUCAUAUGGAAAAGGGGAAGAUCGGCCUGGACUGGAUGAAUUCUUUGGUUCUUUCAACAUUUACCAUGCUCUGAGUCUGUAUUCCAGAGAUUUGAAAUUAAUCCAUGUAACUUCUGGAGAGAGUUGUAUCAUAUUUCUGUGACUGGUCCCCAAGCGAUUGUCCCUCAAACCUUGACGCUGUUGAAUGCAAAGACAAGGAUUGCCACCUCUGAUUCUUGCCAUCCUUGCCAUCCUACACUGAGAUUCAGUAAAGAUGGAAAAAACUCUGACCUCAGCCUGAGGAACCAAAUACGUGGGAUUCUGAUGGCCGGACUGCCUGCCAUCUUGAUAACUCACAUUCUGUUUAGAGCAACAAAGGAUUUGUGUUAUGUAGUUUUAUUGAAAACUAUAUUAAUUGAUCAGCAAUAUUUUUUUUCUGUAAAUUUGGAAUGUUUUUCAUUCAGACCUGUUCUGCCAGUGAUUCUACUGAAAACAAUUUGAUUAAUAUAAAAACAUUCAAGCUAUGCAACACUA